AUGGCAGAGCUCCCAGCCGAAUCGCCAAGCACCGCGUUGCCGCCAGAUUUGCAGGCCGAGCCACAAACCCCGAACCCCGAAGCCACGGCCGAGCCAUCCUCGCCUGUAUUUCCGCAGUUGCAGAAUACAGAAGAUGCCAGCAGCGACUCCCGACCUGCCAAGUCGGCGGCCAAAGGCGGUGGCGGUGCGACUGGUUCCGCCGGCGGUGGAGGGGCCACGCCUGUGGACGAUUACGAUGGCGACCCAGCGGUCGCAGAGCCUUUUGUGCGCACAGCGAGCCCCGAACCAAGCAUAAGAACAAACGAGCCGUCCGUCGGCGCGAACACGCAGGAGAACGGAGACUUGCGCUCCGAAGAUGGCCGUCACGACGACCAGGAUGGCGGGGAAGCCGCCGUCGCGGAUGACGAGGAGGGGGAGGAGGAGGAACCCACCUCCGACAGGCUCUUGUAUAAGAUGCACAAGUUUAGCUUGUACGAGACGGCGAGCCGGUACUACGUCGUCGGCGUCGACGUGAGCGAGAAGCGGUACCGCAUCCUCAAGAUCGACCGCACGACCGAGGGCGGCGACGAGCCCAGCAUGACGGACGACAAGAUUGUGUACACGCUCAAGGAGAUUAACCAGCUGCUCGACACCAUCGACGACGGCAACAAGGGCACCGGUGGCAUCAAGCUGCGCUGCACGACGUGGGGCCUUCUGGGCUUCAUCCGCUUCACCGGCUGCUACUACAUGCUGCUCAUCACCAAGAAGAGCACCGUCGCCAUGAUCGGCGGCCACUACAUCUACCAGGUCGAGGGCACGGAGCUGAUCCCGCUGGCGAUGGGCAAGUCGUCCAAGCCCGAGGCGCGCAACAACAGCGCCGAGGAGACGCGCUUCCUGUCCAUCUUCAACAGCCUGGACCUGACCCGGUCGUUUUACUACAGCUACUCGUACGAUGUCACGCAUACGCUGCAGCACAACAUUAUGCGCGAGAGAGCGUCGAUUGCACGGGGCGUUGUCCCGCAGACAGACGGGGAGCUGAACUCCAUGUUUGUGUGGAACAACUACCUGCUGAAGCCGAUUGCGGCUGUGAUCAAGAAUCCAUUUGACUGGUGCCAUCCCAUCAUUCAUGGAUAUGUUGACCAGGCUGCCUUGUCGAUAUAUGGCCGCACGGCAUACAUAACCGUCAUCGCGAGGCGAUCUCGUCAUUUUGCCGGUGCCCGCUUCUUGAAGCGUGGAGCAAAUGACCUAGGCUAUGUCGCGAAUGAUGUCGAAACGGAGCAAAUUGUUGCUGAAUGCCAGACCACCUCGUUCCAUGCGCCCGGGCCGCGGCUAUACUGCAGUCCGCACUACACAUCAUACGUGCAGCACCGCGGCAGUAUCCCACUUCACUGGACGCAGGACAGCACUGGUGUGACGCCGAAGCCGCCCAUCGAGCUCAACCUCGUCGAUCCCUUCUACAGCGCCGCGGCGCUACAUUUCGACGACCUUUUCCAGCGCUACGGCGCACCCAUCUACGUGCUCAAUCUGAUCAAAGCCAAGGAACGCCAGCCGCGCGAAUCCAAGCUUCUCGACGAGUACACCAACUGCAUCGACUACCUGAACCAGUUUCUCCCCGCCGACAAGAAAAUCAUCCACAAGGCCUGGGACAUGAGCCGCGCCUCCAAGGUCCGCGGCGGCGACGUCAUCGGCAACCUGGAGACGAUUGCCGACAGCGUGCUCGAGGCGACGGGCUUCUUCCAAAACGGCGACGGCGUCUCGGUGCCCCUCACGGCGCAGAAUGGCGUCGCGCGGACAAACUGCAUCGACUGCCUGGACCGCACCAACGCCGCGCAGUUUGUCAUUGGGAAGCGCGCCCUGGGCCACCAGCUGCACGCGCUCGGCAUUCUCGAGGACAAGUCCAUCGAGUACGACACGGACGCGGUCAACCUGUUUACGCACAUGUGGCACGACCACGGCGACACCAUUGCCGUGCAGUACGGCGGCUCGCAGCUGGUCAACACGAUGGAGACGUACCGCAAAAUCAACCAGUGGACGAGCCACUCGCGCGACAUGAUUGAGAGCUUCAAGCGCUACUACAACAACUCGUUCCUCGACAGCCAGCGGCAGGAGGCCUACAACCUGUUUCUCGGAAACUACGUCUACAAGGCAGGGCAGCCGAUGCUGUGGGAGAUUACGACAGACUACUACUUGCAUCAUACGAAUCCGCGAGAUUGGUCGCCGAAUAACAUUGCAAACUAUAUAAACUGGUACAAUCCGGCAAACCUGCUGGAAAAGAACGCAGAAUGCGCCGUGGUCCCGGUACGGAGCGCGCCAGUGCUGAAGCCCGUCGAAUUCUUUGACGACUACUGGCUAGAGUACUACCGCCCGUCGACGCUGUCGUCGUUUCCCAAAAUGUUUGCGUUCAAAAUGAACUCGACCAUUAAAUACAUCCCGAUAAAAUCCACCCAGGACGGGAAAUACGACCUCAGCCCGUUCCGCGUGCGCAUCGAGCAUCACGAAAUCGACGCUGAGAAGAAAAAGGCUGCCAAGAAGAAUGCCAACGCAGCAAACAAGACAUCCAGCUCGCCGCUUUCACAAGUAGCCAUGUCCGAUGAUGGAGCCGCUUCAAUGGCUUCGGACAAGGCGCAGCAGCAGCCGCGGGGCAUGUCGCUCGGGCGCUGGCUGCAUCCCACGCAGGAAAAGACGCUCGGCCUCAUCAACGCCAUGGAGACGGUCAAUGAAGGCGGCGCCACCAAGACGAAGCAGACGGCCCUGGAAAAGUCGACGGCCGAGCAGUGGACGUUUACCAAGGCGCUCAAGGACUCGCUGGACCCGUCCGUCGACCAGCACGAGGCCGACGACUACGCGCGCUACAUCCACCACCCGCAGAACCUGCCGCUGGUGGUGUCGAGCGACACGCCCGCCGACAUGGACUCGUCCGAGUACCAGGACUACAUUCACGGCGGAUGGCAGGACCGCGGCCUCAUGGUCAGCGGCAGCGAGGACGAGGUGGACCUCUACGCGGAGCUGCUCAAGAUUGGGGAGAACCCGCUGACGGUGACGGAGGAGGACGCGCCCAAGAAGCGAUACAAGGCCUACAGGAAGUGGCUGCGGGGCAAGUCUUUCUUCAAGCAGCAGCCCUUGGAUUGA